AUCGCAAGUUGCUCUCCCUAACUACUUACUAUACUAUCCCCAACGAGUGGAAGACGGUUGCACGUUUAAUCCGGGGUGGGGGGCUUCCAGAUAUCGCCGCUAUGAGCGGUUGGUCACACGAACCAAACAAGAGCAUCCAUGUUGCUGGUAAGGACUGGACAGACGAAGUGUUAUUUCUAUGUAGGAUACCCGGUUUCGACCUGGAACCCCACUACUAUGACCGGGGCAUACCAGGGCAAUACAACGCAUGCCAUGCAGAGAAGCAGUUAGCCGCAUACUUCAUCCAUAAACACCUAUUCCUAGAGCAUGAACUUGCCGGCCCUGAAGAGUCGGAGUCGGGGGUUGAAUUAUCGCUUUCAAGACUCACCAUAGGGAAUCAACAGAACAGAAACAAAGAAGGAUGGACCGAGAAUAUAGGGAAAGGCUUGCAGACCUACGGGGAGUAUCCCCAGAAGAAACCUUGGAGAGUGCCAUUAUAUUAGUUAGCAGCCCCGUGUGCAGUAGCUGCAGAGAUUUUAUAUCCCAAGUGAAUAGCGUGCUGAAGUUGAGUUUGAAGCUGCAGCAUCGUUGCUCGGAUCAAUCAUGCUCUGUGUGUCCGAUGGAGGUAUCUCGACGCCUUCCUGGCUGUCGAGACCAUUCGAGGAGGAUGUAACAGACGUAAGAAAGUUCAGAAAUGAUGGGUUCGCGACGGAAGGGGAAGAAAAGGGACAAAUUUACCUAGAUAAACUUUACCAGAAUCACACUACGAGAUAUUGAAUUGACCAAGAUUAACCCUUA